AUGAACUCUAAUGGUUCUUCGUCCUCUGUGGUAGGUGAUUCAGAGACGGAGGAUGAAGGGCUGGGAUUCUUUUGCCCACACGAAGUGGUCAGACUGGCGUCGGUGACACCUGCGGAGCCAGAUCCAAUGACCCAGGGUAGUGAUUUGCAAGUAGAACGUCUUUCUGGCUAUGUUGAAUCGUCUUUGGCAACUCGCAGAAGGAAUUUUAGACAGCGUACAGCGAUUCAGAAGUUACCGUAUAGUUUAGACAGGAUAAGACACAAGCAACUAUUGCAAGGAAUUGAUGUGUCAUCUUUUGACGCUGUUUCUGAGAAUAUAACCCUUCCGGAAAGAAAGACUUCUUUCAUAGAGAGGAAGGCGGGACAUGAAUUGAUAGAAAGAGAUAAACAGGCCGAAGAAUUAUCAGGGAGCAAUACGAACGUUUAUCAUCGUGAGUCUGGUUCACCAUUAGAGUAUAAAGCACAUAAGCUUCAUGAAAGUGAUGAUGAGGCAGAUAGUUGGACUGAAGAUGUCGUUGAAUCUGAAAACGAGAGUGAGGAUACAACAGAAAGACAACAUAUCUUGUUCAGAGGUAGAAAAAUAGACAUUGAAAGAGGCUAUCGAGGUAUUCUUCCGAGAAUAGCAUGGGAAAAAGCUAUGAAAAAGAAUGGAGCUAUCUCCAGGGUUAAGAAAAGGUCAAUUCCAGACGAUAGAAAGGGUUUAGCCAAGAGAAAGCCCGUGGAUGUAAGGCGAACCAACCAGGAUCAGGAUCUGUUAAAUGAUUUGAUUGUGGCAGAUGAUGACUUGGGCGAAAAGGAUUUUCCAACCAGCAAUUAUCAAAGUGCAUUACCGGACGAGCAUUUCCGGGACUUGAGUGAGCUUGAGAGGAUGAGUGCUUACUACCGGAAUAAAUAUCACGAUGAUUCGUCCUCCGAAAGUUCAAUCGAGGAAUAUAACUUUUUUGAUGAAGCUGAGGAGGUAAAUCUUGCCCGGAAAUAUGAGAAACAAACUCUAGAUGAUUUAGAAACGAAAUUCGUCACGCAAGCCGAAGAGAUUGACUUAAGAUAUCUCUCGGAUGACCAGGAUGGUGCAAUCGAAACCGAUGAGGGGGCAAUAAAGGCUAUGCUCAUGAAGCAGACAAUCGUGGCGAAUGGAAAGAAACCAAAAGCCUCAACACAGCGGUCGCGUACAAGGUGCAGAUAUCGUUAUGGCGAAUCUGCAAAAAGGCGGCCCAAAACCGUUGCUAAGCCAAUAAGAAAAUACAUACGUAAAACUGCUGAGCAGAAUCAUGAGAGUGCUGUCAAACCGUGGAGUGACAAGGUUAGGAAUCACAGCCAAACUGUUGAUCCACAUUAUGACAUAAAAGAAAGACAGAAGAAGCUAGUUGCCAAAAGUGUCAAGAAUGCUCAUUUUGGGAUAUUUCCAGAGCGACACUCUGAGCUUAAUAGGGCAGUCAACACGUUCACGACUGUCGUAGAAGGAGUAAGCCGGAAUUAUGCUCUUUCAGCUCUCCAAAAGCAGGAAUCCGAUGAAGCAGAGAUGGUGGAAGGUUUGCAGGCUGAUCAAAAACCAAAAGUGCAUCUUUGUUUCCGGGCGAUAGAUGCUCUUCUAUUGGGCAAAUCAUUCGAGCCUCCAGAUGUCGUCAAGUUACAGAUAUCUAAUAAACAGUUUACGUUAUCGAGAUUUCAUGGUGGUGAGAUUUGCCAAAGCAUGUCGGAUGCUUUCGAGCAUAUCAUCAAGACAGGUAUCACCAAUACGGAGCUUGUCGAACUAAGCGAGUCGCUUACCGCCUUCUUGCUCCACCUCAACAUGAAGAGCGUUUACGGAUCCAUUAGUGAUUUUCACAGGAAUUUCAGGAAUAGAGUUAACCUUUCGAGGCAAAACGCAAAGCCCAUCCACUUCUUUCAGAUAGCGGUUUGUCAGUUUAUGUUACUGGAAAUUACCAAGUAUGCCGACUUAUCAAAAAGCUUCAAGUUAGAAAUAGAAACGGAAAUAAUUGAUCACGUCGUUUCCUUUUUCAAAUUGCUUUCUGUCUGUUAUAAAUCAAUGUUGAAACUCGAUCUCGACUACCUUCAUCAGGCAUGCGACAUUAUAGCUAUAGUGGUUCGAAUUUUAGACGGAGUUGAAACACUUUGGAAGCGCGUUGAGAAAGAGAAGUUGUCAUGUUGUGUUGCAAAAAUAUUAGUGGACAUUUUCCCAACUGGAAAAUCACGUUGGUCUCUACUUGAAGCAAAUGGUUCCUAUGACUCAAUGCUACAAGCACUUUCAUUUGUACAUUAUUGUAUGCAGAAAUGUCAAUGGCAGAUAACAAAUGAAGUGAUCCUAUUAUUCGAUCGAGUCUUUAAAAAGAGGAGAUUUGAGGACUUUGCUGAAGAAAUCGAAGUUUCGAAUGCCAAUAGAGUUGCAUAUCCACGAACAGAAUCCUCGAAAUGUCAGACAGUUUUCAACAGCUACCUUCAUCUUUUGCGCUCAAACGAGGUGACGAACGUCUUAGUAGAAAGGAUCGUUCCCAUGAGUGAGAUUGCUUCGAGCGACUCUAUAUCUGUCCUCAUCAAUAGGCUCAAUCUGCUAAUUGCACUAGCUGAACGGUCAGAUCUCAACUCAGAAAAACGAUUAGAGGAACUGGUGAGACCGGUAGUUCAAAACAAUUACCUUGCUACUAAGGAUACGGGGUCUCUUAAGCUAGUUACUGAGUCUGUACUAAAUGGUGUUCUAUGUCUUUUCGACAUACACUGUCAGAAAAAGUCCCCCUUCAGAGCAAGCAUAUUAGUUUCCAUUUACAAAUCACUUGUUUUGAAGCACGAUGAAUUGAAAGGAAUCUGGAGUCGAUUUCUAGAACAUUUAGUCCAAAGCCGUGAUUUCUCUGAAAGGUUUUCCUCGGUCUUUCUCAAGACAAUGUAUCCAUGUUUUUUAUCGAUGUGCCAGCACCAGAAACAGGCGAAAGAACGAUUACUGCUGCUUACUAUUUAUCUCAGGAAUUUAAAGACAGUGGGAGCUCAGUGGGUUCAGGCUAACCUCUUUCAGGCUGUGAAGGGCGUGGUCCAUGAGUCUAGUAAGUGGAUUGAUCAUUAUUGCACAAUUGGAAAGUUCCUUGUUGACCAUAAUAUAAUGACGUGGUGGUCAUUUUUUGUAUACAACAACGUCAACAACACUCCUCCGGCUCGCAUACUGUUCAACUACCAGGUUGCACAGCUUUGUGACAGGCAAUCUUUUGAUUUAAUCAAAAGAUCACUUUUCGAGACUGCCGUUGAGUCCUUCUUUCAAGACAAAAGUGCUCUAUUUGUAAUGUUCGUUACGACGUUAAUUGAUCGUGAGAAGGGGCAUAAAGCCAGCUUUAAAAUUACAAGCAUCGUCGAUAGCUGUUUGAACCUUUUACAGCCAUUUGUUUCCACCUUAAUAAAUCUUUCCUACGGUGACUUAAUACUUAGGCUCGUCUCCGAUAUCAGACUGUUAUAUCACGAUAAACAAAUUGGUUUUGCCCUUGCUACUCGCUUGACAAAUGUUUUCAAUCUUCAUUUUGUUGAUCAAGUUAAAGACUGUUAUGAUUUCCUUUUGAUGAAAAGGGAUUUGGGAAUAUCUGAUAAGGAAGCCGACAAAAGCUCUUUUCGGGAUGCUUUCAAGCAACUCGAUAGCACUUUAUCGCAGGCCUGUUAUGUGGAAAGAGGGCUAAUUCAAGCCACCUUUUCAGCAGCGGAAAUUUCUGAGUAUCUCGAAAAAGUCAAGUCGCUGUUUACCUUUUCGGUUCUUACGAAUCCUUUCCACUUUGUGGUGUCACUCAUCGAUGCAAAUCUCAGAGGAGAUGCUACUAACCGCCCCAUUAAAAUAAGAAUCGUCGCGUUGUACCUUCGACUGGUCAACGAGAUUUUGCUCGCCAGCUAUGGACAGGUGUCGCCUGACGCAUUCCUGGAGCAAUGCCGACUAUUCAGGAUUAUAUGUGAGCGUCUUCCUCUAGCUGAGCUUGCCUCUGUAUCUGACGAGCGGUCCUAUGCAUAUGAAAGCAUACGAUUUCAAAUUAUUGUCUUGAAGAUUGCGCAAGGGUUUCUCGAAGAAAACCUCUUACUGGCGCACUCGAAGGAGUUUUUGCGUAGCUUUAGCAUUCCAAAUGAACUCGAGGCCACACAGCUUUCCGAAAAACUCGAUGUAAUUGUUAGAGAAACUGCUGGACAGACUCUACGAGUGGAUUCAGACUGCCCUCAGCCAGAUUAUGAGGGGCUUCGAUCCUUAAUAGAAUUGAAGGAAAGCAGGAGCUCUUUUGUAACGUAA